AUGCUGUCUUUGCUCGUGGCCUUUGUGAUUCUACAAGCAAUUCUUCCUCCAUGCAGAACUUCUACCCAGAACAAAGACGUUGCGCUUUGUAGCAAUGCCAGUGACCAAGUGGAGCUGCUCCAGAUGUUCGCUCCCAACGGCACCGUCCGAGCACACCAUGCAGAGAAGUUGGGGAUGUUGGGGAAGCACCACUCGUUGAAGACUGAAGAGACAUGCUGCUCUGCCGAGGAUGACGAGAAGCUUGCCUAUAUCCAAUCGGAACUGGACAGCAUGUACGUCUGGGACAUUGAGGAUGAGGUAGAGCAAGCCAUGGAAAUUUCAACAAGAGAGCUAGAAGAAGAGUACAACAAAGUUGUCUCGGGCGAAGUGACCUGCAAGACAUCCUGGACAGAUCGCCUGAAGACUGCUGGUUCGGCUGCCUUGAAGAUGGGAGCGCAGCAAGCAGUGAAAGCAGUCCCGUAUGUUGGUGGAGUCUUAAGCUCGGUCGUUAAAGCCUUUUGGCCAUCAAGUGACAACUCCUGUGACAUUUGGGAACUGAUGCUUGGUCAGGUCCAAGAGCUGAUUGAUGUGUCGAUCAUGAAGUCGGAGCUCAUUUCACGCUAUGCAGAUUUGUUGGCGGUCAAGAGGUUUUUGAACCGGUUUUCAUCGAGCAGGUCCAACAUAGACCGCGGAAACUUUCUCGGCAUUGCGUUGGCAAAGGUGGAAGAUGUCAUGGAACACUUGACCGUUUCCGAGAACCGUGCGCAGUUCAUUCCUUUGGCUGUUGUCGCAGCCACCCUGCAUUGCACAAUUCUGCGUGUGAGGGUCCUUGUUGGGAUGGAUCUCUACGGUGCGUGGGAUGCCUCAUGGAACGCUGAGCUCCAAGAGGCGGUGGCCUACUAUCAAGACGGUGGCCUACUAUCAAGACUAUUUCAACUAUGCCUAUAA